AUGGUUGACAUGAACGCCGAAAUUGGUGGCACUUGGUUCGCCAACAGUUAUCCAGGCUCGUGCUGCGAUGCACCAAUUCAUCUGUACGCAUACUCAUUUGAACCGAAAUCUGAUUGGAAAAAUACUUAUGCAUCACAAGCAGAAAUUUUGGAAUAUUUAAAGCACGUUUGCAUCAAAUAUUCACUUUAUGACAAGAUUCGACUUAAACAUCAAGUUCUCAGGAUCCAGUUUAUUAAAUCAAAGAAAUUGUGGAGUGUCAGUUUCAAAAAUUUGGAGAAUCAAAACGAAUUUCAAGAGGACUUCAACAUUGUAAUUCUUGGCACUGGUAUUCUCCGUAGCCCUAAAAUCCCGAGAGAGUUUGAUAGUUUUGAGGGCCCCAUUUUUCACACGGCAAAAUGGGAUCAUGAUUGCAACCUUAAAAAUAAGGUUUUGGCAGUGAUCGGCGUUGGAUCAAGUGGAAUCCAAGUGAUUCCUGAACUUGCAAAAAUUGCAAAGAAAGUGAUUAUUUAUCAGAGAAGACCUUCAUGGAUGCUACCCAAAGAAAAUAAAUCAUACAACGUUCUCGCCAAACUAGGAUUCCAAUUCUUCCCUAUUUUUCAGUACGUAUAUCGACACUGGUGGUACAGCUACUUUGAGAAGUUUUGGAAUUCCAUGAGACCAGGAACUAAAACGGCUGAAAUGUUAACUCAAGAAGCAAAUAAGUUUCGGGACAAGAACUUAAAGAUUUCCCAAAACUGUUGCACCAGCAAAUUCCAAAUGACCCGUUUGGGUGUCAAAGAGUCCUAUUCUCAAAUGAUUAUUUUUCCACUUUGAAACAGUCAAAUGUGAAACUAGUGUCGUGCAAAAGUUUACAAGUUACCAAAAACUCAAUUAUAUCAGACGAGAACGAAGAGGAGAAAGUGGAGGCAAUUUGAGACUAUUAUAAACUAAUAUAAUCCAUAGACAUAUAGAUACAUAGUUAUAUAUUUCGCAUACGUAAAUAAGUACACAUUUCUGUAUUAUAGGUAAUAAUUUUGGCAACCGGGUUCAAAACGGAGGAAUACUUUUCACCAAUUGAAAUUUGGGAUGCUGAAGGUGGAAAUGUUUUGCAACGGUGGGACAACCAUGGCCCUUCGCUUCUUUUUGGCAUUACUGGACAUAAAUUGCCAAAUCUUUUCUUUUUGUGGGGACCAAAUACGAGCCUCGGUCACAAUGCUGUGACAUUGAUGAUGGAGAAUCAAAUGGAUUUCGUGAUCAAGUGUGUUCGCUGGAUGACAGAACGGCAAUGCUCAUUAGUCACAGUAACGGAAACGGCUGAAGCAAAAUACAUGGAGAAAAUUCAUGGCGAAAUGAAAGAGAUGGUUUGGAUGUCGCCUGGUUGCAAUCCUCCGUCUCAAUAUGUGGACAAGUUUGGACGAAUUGUGGCCCUGUAUC